GGUUAGAGUUGUUGGUAACGAUAAGGCAGUCCGAAAGCAAAAGAAGAAGGUAGAGAGCAAUUUGGCAGUAAGAGAUCAGAAUGGCAUACCGAUGGCGUCAGAGGAAGCUGAUGUUCGACAACGAUGGUACUUCAGACUCGUUCAACAACCAUGGCAGUGGGAACCAGAAUUUCGCCAAUGCAAAAAUCAACAGUGGAGCCAAUUCAGGCGAUCGGAACAGGUAUGACAACUCAAACCACUACGGUGAACGUGUGAUUCAUAACAGUGGCACUUUCAAUGGUAAUGGCAACGGAGGCUACGUCGAGGGUGGCUUUAACUCCUCCACAAAUAACUACUACUAAUAUUUUUCUGCGUUUACUAUUUGCUGUGCACUAUGGUCUACUGUGUUAUACUGUAAUAUUACCAAUAAAUGUAAAGGUUUCCCAGUGAUGCCUAAGCCAUACUAUGUUGUAAUUGUGGUGGUUAAUAAUAAAGACCUCUGAUGUUGCAGCAAAUUUCUUCA